AUGCCUAAAAAAGAGACAGAAAAUACGUUAUUUAAUAGUCGUGAUUUGGAACAUAACAACUGGCCAAAACAUGGAACUAAUCCACAAGAAAUUCAUAAUAAUAAUGCACAAACGCCUUAUCCAGAUAAUUCUUGGAUAGACCGACCACAAGGUCAUUGGCAUCCAUCGAUGCAGCAUGUGAAUUAUGAUCAAGAUCCAUCAGCAAUGACCUAUAACCAACCACAUGAUCAUCAAACAGUUCAUCCUGCUCAUUCACAGCAUCCACCAAUAGCGCAUCAUCAAUCAUAUGAUCAUCAAAUAAAUCAUCCUACUCAUCCACAACAUCCAUCAAUGGCCUAUAAUCAACCAUAUGAUUAUCAAAUAACUCAUCCUGCUCAACCACAAUAUCCACCUGAUUCUGUAAUGCAGCCUGAUCAGUCUUCGAAAAUUUAUCAUUUUCACAACUUGCGUUCUCUACCUCGUGCUCCUUUAGGUCGCACAUCUGAACCAGUUGCACUUCCUUCUGGUUCAGACGUUUUUAAUCAUUCUUCUGUUCCUAUUCCGCUUGGUCCAACUCAACACAAUUUUCCUCCUGCCAUGUCACCUCAAUAUGUCCAGCCUCCUCUACCAUUACCACGUCAUCAUUCACGUCAUCAUUCAUGUCAUCAUCCACGUCAGCCACCUCCACCAUACUAUGAUGACGGUUUUCGUUUACCACGUAUUCGACGAAAGCCCAGACCGCGGGAAUAUGAUGAUGAUUAUCGAUAUCGUAAUUCAGAUCCCUUCCUCAUGAGUUAUUUUCCUCGACGUUCUAACGAUCAUAGACAUCAAAAUCGAAACCGAUGGUAUGCUUGA